AUGCUUAAUUAAUAUCUGAAAUUACUUCACACAUAGUGGGAAUAAACAUUUAAUGAUGAUUUAUCAGAUACACUUAGAGAAGAUCCAAAAUUAUCCUUAUAAAAUUAAUCCAUUAUAGAAUUUGAGUUUAUUUCAUUAACUAAAUCAAAAGUUGAAAAUCAAUGGGAAUAUGAAAACUUUUUCAACAAAAAAAGGGAAUUCUCCUUUCUUUUUCAACUUACUUACUUUAUAAAUGCUGUUAUUCAAGGAUUAUUAUUCAUAUACGUCAAAUUAUUUUAGGUCAAUAAUAACACACUAAUAAUUUAUUAUUUUUUCCAUCCUCUUAAAAAAUUGCUAUUGAAAUCUAUCAUAGGAUUGUUUGGACAAUCUACUUUAUGA